CACACCCACAGUACAGUCCAGCUCUUCACUUCAACACCAAAUCAUCGGGCAACUUGCAAAGCAGCAUCUGAGGAUGGACAAGCUUUUAUCGGUGACUGAAGAUUAUGGCUACUUUCAGAGUGACAGCUCUGAAAUGCCCGAGAUGCCAGAGAUGUGUGAAAGCAGCAGUGCCCAGGAGCUCCAAAUCAAGGUGUUCCAGAUGUGCAUCUUCAUAGUGGUCUUCCUCCUAGGGUUGCUGGGUAACUUCCUAGUGAUCGCCACCUACGCCCUGUACCGCCGUUUCCGCCUGCGAUGCAUGACCGACGUCUUCCUGCUCCACCUGGCCAACUCGGACCUCCUGCUGGUGCUCACCAUGCCCUUCCAGGCCGCCGACACGCUGCUGGGCAGCUGGGAGUUCGGCACGCAGCUCUGCAAGGCCACCCGCGGCCUCCACGCCGCCAACACCUACAGCGGGCUGCUCCUGCUGGCCUGCAUCAGCGUCGACCGCUACGUGGUCAUCGUGUGGGCGCAGGCGGCGCACCGGCUGCGCAGGCGGAUGCUGCUCUGCAGCAAGCUGGCUGCGCUGGGCGUGUGGGCCGUCUCCGCGCUCCUCAGCCUGCCCGAGAUCGUCUUCGCCGGCGUGGACGUCAGGCCCGACGGGGGCGGGGCGCAGUGCGAGAUGAACGUGUGGAUACAGGAGAGCUGGCGGGUCAAGGCGGCCACCCGGGGGGCUCAGAUCGCGGGCUUCUGCCUGCCCUUCCUGGUGAUGCUCUUCUGCUACGGCACGAUCGGCCGCACCCUGAUGCGGGGGCGGGGCUGGAAGCGGCAGCGCACCCUGAGGCUGAUGGCGGCGCUGGUGCUGGUGUUCCUGUUCUUCCAGCUCCCGUACACCGCGCUGCUCUCGGUGAAGGCGGCCGGCCCGCCCGAGACCUGCGCCCAGUGGGGGCACCUCCUGCUGGCCGAGUACACCACGCGCAGCCUGGCCUACACCCGCUGCUGCCUCAACCCGCUGCUGUACGCCCUGGUGGGCGUGCGGUUCCGCAAUGACGUCAAGAAGCUGCUCCGGCACAUGGGCUGCUUGUGGGCCUCCCGACUGGGCUCCACCGCCGACAGCAGUUCCUCCGGCUGCCCUGGGUCGCCACCGCCCACCUCCAUCACCUGCUCUCCUACCUCCAUGUCGCCCGCCGCCAAAGGCCCCCGCUACUUCAGCUCCUCGACAGCAUUUAACUAUCCCGAGCCUCUGCUGCCGCCCGCUCCAUAGUCCUGAGCCCCUGAUUCCCACUAAACCUCCUGGCAUGCUAAGCAAAGCUGCCCCAUUCUGCAGCCCCAUCACUCUGUAAAGCACCUUUGUGGCAGUUCUCUAAAAAGCGCUAUACAAAAAAAAAUUGAAUUCAACUCUGUCCAUCAUCUCAAACAGAUGUUUGCCAAAGCAGAAAAGAGCAUUAUGUAUCAUAUUUAUUCUGUUUAUUAUGUAAGAACAAGUAAGAAUCCGAUGCUGUGGCCUUGUUAUUCUCCCAGAGGUUCUGUCAAAAUGUGUACAUAUUUUUUUUAGGAAAUAA